AUGGACAAGCUGAGCGUCGUACAUCAGGGGGGGCUGAAGCAGGCCAAGGCCAAGAAGAAGCCGAUCAAGAUCGUGCACAUCUCCAACCCCAUGAAGGUGACGACGACCACCUCCGAGUUCAAGGUCCUGGUCCAGGUGCUGACCGGGCAGGACUCCGACAUGGCCCUCCUCUCAAAGUUUGCCGAGGCGGACGGCCCCCACGACCCCGCCGAAUCGGCGGCACCGCCGCCGGCGCCCUACUGGCCCCCCCUCUCCGUCGAUGACUACAUUUCAGAUGACUGA